UUGUCACAUCACUACAAUGUCUAUGCUUUCAGAAAGAAGCCAAAGCAACGUCAGUUCUUCUUGUUCAACGACAUUCUAGUCUAUGGAAAUAUUGUAAUAUCCAAAAAGCGUUACAACAAACAACGAAUAAUAGCUUUGGAAAAUGUGGAACUAGAAGAUUUACCAGACGAAGGAGCGAUGAAGAAUGGAUGGAUUAUCAAGACUCCUGAAAAAUCAUUCGCUGUUUAUGCUGCUACACCCACAGAAAAGAAGGAAUGGAUGUCUCAUAUAGAACGUUGUGUUGCGGAUCUACUAGAAAAAAGUAACAAGAAACCAGCUAAGGAGCAUGCUGCAGUUUGGAUUCCAGACGGUGAAGCAGCACGGUGCAUGGCAUGCGGACGCACCCAAUUCAACGUUGUUCAAAGAAGGCAUCAUUGCCGAUCAUGCGGGAAGGUUGUUUGUGGCUCCUGUUCUACACAUACAUACCGCAUCGAUAGUCUGAACAAGAAACCAGUUAGAGUUUGUGACGCAGUAAGUCGUUUUAACGCCACCAUUCUAAAUGGGCAACGAAAGAGGGGCUGAAC